GGCGGCAUGGCGCGCUCAUUUUACGUCAUCAUUUCCCGACUCUGACAGUCGACGGCGUUGACGUGCAUUUUGCAGGAAGCUGACAGAGAAGGGGUGUGCAGAAUGUUAAUGACAGUUCUUCAGGUCUCCACAAGACGUGUGCUUUAUCACAGCUGCUGUAAACUGACCAAAAAGUCAAAACACUUGGUUCAGAUGGUGCGUCCGUCUUCAGAUAUGGCUGCGUUCCGAGAGCUCUUUGCUAAAGCAAAGCACAUUGCAAUUCUCACAGGAGCCGGGGUCAGCGCUGAGAGCGGAGUUCCCACUUUCAGAGGAGCAGGAGGAUUUUGGAGGAAGUGGCAAGCCCAGGAUCUGGCAGCACCUGAGGCAUUUUCCAGGAACCCUUCUCGAGUCUGGGAAUUCUACCACUACCGUCGUGAAGUCAUGUUAACCAAGAAUCCCAAUCCGGCUCAUCUGGCCAUUGCAGAAUGUGAGGCGAGGCUGAGUAAACAGGGCCGGACUGUUGUGGUGAUUACACAGAACAUAGAUGAGCUGCAUACCAGGGCAGGCUCCAAAAACGUCUUUGAAAUUCAUGGUAGCUUAUUCAAAACACGAUGCAUCAACUGUGGAAAUGUAAAAGAAAAUUACCGGAGUCCAAUAUGCCCUGCUUUAGAGGGAAGAGGUGCCCCAGAUCCUGAUGCAGUUGAUGUACAGAUACCUGUUGAACAUCUCCCAAGAUGUGAGGAGAAAGCUUGCAAUGGAUUGCUGCGGCCCAAUGUUGUCUGGUUUGGAGAGACGCUCGAUUCUGACAUUUUGAGUCAAGUAGAAAAGCAGUUAGAUGUGUGUGACCUCUGCCUCGUGGUUGGAACCUCCUCGAUUGUCUACCCUGCUGCUUUGUUUGCUCCCCAAGCAGCAGCAAGAGGUGUGCCAGUGGCAGAAUUCAACAUGGGAACCACAACUGCUACAGGCAGCUUCAAGUUUCAUUUUCAAGGGCCUUGUGGACAAACUUUGCCUCCUGCCCUCGCCCGCCAUGAAAGUGAAAUUAUUUCCUGAGCAAGAUAAAACAAAAAAAAGGAAAAACUGAAAUGCCAGGCACAAAGAGAGGCAGCGGAAAAUAAGUGGUCAUCGUCAUCAUCAUCAGCUUGGUAUUGUGGACUGAGGAAGCGCUUAUGAAUCUGAAGAUGGAACUGAUGCAGGAAAUGAUUUCAAAAAGACGUCACAGGUGCUUUGGUGAUUUUUCUUGCCACUACUUUUUUUUUCUUCUUUCCCCUAAUCACAGUUAUCGGAUGGUUAAUUGGAAACAUUGGGAUUUUUGUGCUUUUAAUACAGUGACAUACGACUGAUCACAAUGAUCAAGUUUUUGGUGACGCUUUUCUUCCCACUGUAAAGGUUGCAUUCGAAUGAUGGCUCCUAAAAUCAGAUUCUGUGUUCCUGCACUGCGUAUAUUUUUUGUGAUUCCCGUCUACGCGGCUGCAGUUCUUUCUUACGCCGGGAUAUUCAAGCUGCUGUGCUUUCCUUCAUUAUUCUGAUCCCUGCUGGCUUGCCGAGUUUGUUGGACACGGAGCUUGGAUGGUGUGUCCCUACAGAAACACUUAAAUGGAGGGCCGAGGACCAGGAUGGUUAGGUGAGCCAAUUUCAACUGCACAGAACGCAUUAGAGUAUAAUUAAUAAAGUAGACACGACGUGACGGCACUGUUGGUCGUU